CCCGGUGCUCGCUUCUUCUCCACCGUUCCUUCCAGAAUGCCUGUAAAGUUCUCUUGACAGGGGCUCUCGUUCACGCGUGGACUUUGCACGCUUUGCGCCGCUUGACUCGUCAACGCUUUGCUCGGCGAUCUAUUAACACGUCGUGUGUACAAGCAGCUUUCUCAAACAAGAGUUAGUCGUUGUGUUGGUUACACCACGUCGACGUUGUUGUCGUAGUUAAAGUCAGGCUUAGGUUUACUGUAGGCUGUUUCUUAUUUUUACGAUGACCGCCGAGGAGCAAACGGCAGAAGGACACCCCACCAUCCCCAUGGAGGGAGACGAUCUCACACCCAAGAAGGAUGGAGGUGUCUUCAAGCUGGUGAAAAGGGAAGGCACUGGCAAAGAGCUGCCCAUGACCGGGGACAAAGUGUUUGUGCACUACGUGGGCACCCUCCUAGAUGGCACUCGGUUUGACUCCAGCAGAGACCGAGGAGACAAGUUUACCUUUGAGCUGGGCAAAGGUCAAGUCAUAAAGGCGUGGGACAUCGGCGUAGCUACAAUGAAAGAGGGUGAGAUCUGCCAGCUCAUCUGUAAACCAGAAUAUGCGUACGGGGGUCCGGGCAGCCCUCCUAAAAUUCCCCCUAAUGCCACACUUGUGUUUGAGGUGGAGCUGUUUGAAUUCCGAGGGGAGGAUUUAACCGAAGAUGAGGACGGAGGGAUUAUCCAUCGUAUUAUCACCAGGGGGAAGCCGUACAUCAAGCCCAAUGAAGGAUCCUCGGUUGAAGUGACCUUGUCGGGCAGCUACGAUGGACGCGUCUUUGACGAGAGGCAACUCAAGUUCGAGAUGGGAGACGGCGAGAGCCACGGCUUGCUGCCCGGAGUGGAGAAAGCCAUCAUGGCCAUGGAGGAGGGAGAGGAAGCUCUGUUUCACAUCAGACCCAAGUACGGCUUCGGAAACGCCGGAAACGCCGAGUAUAACAUUCCCGGCGGGGCGUCCUUGGAAUACAGGAUCAAGCUGGCGGCCUUCGAAAAGGUCAAAGAGUCGUGGGAGAUGAAUUCGUCGGAGAAGCUGGAACAGAGCGCCGUCGUUAAAGAGAAGGGGACGCAGUAUUACAAGAGGGGGCUCUUCAAGCAGGCAUCCACGCAGUACAAGAGGGUCGUGUCGUGGCUCGACAAUGACUCGGGUUUUGUCGGGGAGGAAGAGGAGAAGGCCAAAGCGCUGCGGCUGGCUGCGCAUCUCAACUUGGCCAUGUGCUACCUGAAGCUCAAAGAACACAACCAAGCGCUGGAAAACUGUAACAAGGCCCUGGAGUUGGACGAGUCCAACGAGAAAGCGCUGUUCCGAAGAGGAGAGGCACACUUCGGCAUGAAGGAAUUCGACGUAGCCAGGGAUGACUUUCAGCGCGUUGUUCAACUUUAUCCCGCUAACAAAGCUGCCAAGAGUCAGAUGGUCCUUUGUCUGAAGCACAUGAAGGCGCAGCACGAGAAGGACAAACGCACGUACGCCAACAUGUUCCAGAAGUUUGCAGAGAGGGAUUCCAGGAAAGCAUCCAAGCAGGUGAAGAGCAAGGAGAACGGCGAGAGCGGGGAUAUAGAGAUCGACAACGCCAGCAAGGAAGCAGAGGGCGAUGCAAAAGUCUAAAAUGCCCUAAAUUCUGACGGUUCAUUUGUUUUUCUGAUUUUUUUGUUUUGUUUUGUUUUGUUUUGUUUUGUUACUUCAGCCAUUUGUGUUUUAAGUGUGUGACUCGGGGAUAAGCGAAUCCGGUCCGAGACAACCGCUGGCCUGUCUGUUUUCAAUGUCCCUCCUCAACAUACCAGAUUCAACGGAUCAGCUCAUAAGCGAGCGCCGUAGAACGCCGAUCAUUUGAGUCGGAUAUGUGGAAGCGGGAAAGUUCAAAAAUAGGCAGGAGAGUGGCUCUCCAGGACCGGACCCGCCAACCAUUUUAUGUGCGUGUGUGUGGGAGUGUAUCAAAUUUUGAGCACUGACUUUGUUGGCUCUCUUCCUCUUGCCAUCGUUGCCAUCUCGACGGCGAACUCAGCGGGCGUGAUGUGGUUUUAAUAUUUGCGUGCUCACACUCCCGUCAACCCUUUCAACCCGCGGCUUUACGAGCGUGUUUCCCAGCUGUUUAACGUUCUGGUUGAAAAUUGAAAAGCCUUCGCUGUAAAGGGCUACUCACCUUGCACUAUAUUUGUUCUUUGCCGUUCAUCCAAGCCUCCACUUUAUAGGCCUACUGAUCAAAUUCGGGACAGGGUGGAUCAACACUCUGAUACAAUGUGUUGGAAUGUUCCAAAAGUAUAUACUUGUCUAUGUAGCAGGAGGUGGCACCAUUUUCUGGGGUGUUUCUUUUUGUAAAUCUUUAACUGUUUGAAUUCUCCAACAAAGCUGUUUUAAGCUUGGGUUAACCUGCUGGUGCUUUUGGGGGCUAAUGACAAUGUACUUUUCAGAUCCUUCUUUUCCUCCAAAGUGUUGCGAUUUGUAAAUUUUGUUCAAUACGACAAACAUCAACUGGAAUAGCCGGACGUGAACAAGCAUCCACGAGCUUGUUCGACCGUGUAUGAAGUGGUCAAUAGGACAAAAAUAAACUGCAAUGUCCGGACAUGCGAACAAGUAUCCAUGAUCCGCGAGCUUGUUCGACUAUCUUAAUUUUUCUGUUUUGUGUAUGAAGUGGUCAAUAGGACAAAAAAAA